CCCGAUCGCAACGACGUUUCCCGCCGAAUGAAGUAAACGUCAAAUUUUCCUGCUGUCAAUCUUACUCUUUUUUUGUGAGUGCAAUAAACGACCAGUGUCAAAUAUAUAUUUUUAAUUAUAGUGCGAUCGAAUAGUCGCGAUGUUGUGAUUGUGAUUUAGCUGUGUUUAUAAAUAAAACACUGGGAAGGAUUAUUUUUUGAAAAUGGGGAACUUCGAUGGGAGAAAGUGCGCGUAUUUGAAAAUGGAAUACACAACAUGGCUGUUUAUUCUGAUAGCUGCUAUAACACUGGCAACACCAGCGCUCUCAAGUUCACCGCGCGUGGUGUGUUAUUACACAAAUUGGUCGGUAUACCGGCCAGGAACUGCGAAGUUCAAUCCUCAGAACAUCAACCCUUAUCUGUGCACCCAUCUCGUGUACGCGUUCGGAGGCUUCACGAAGGACAACACGCUGAAACCUUUUGAUAAAUACCAGGACAUUGAAAAAGGUGGUUACGCUAAGUUUACUGGACUGAAAACAUAUAACAAGAACUUGAAGACACUACUGGCUAUUGGAGGCUGGAAUGAAGGAUCAUCCCGCUUUUCUCCCAUGGUUGCUGCUAAAGAUAGAAGGAGGGAAUUCGUCAGGAAUGUUAUUAAGUUCCUGAGACAAAACCACUUCGACGGUCUCGAUCUAGAUUGGGAAUAUCCAGCUUUUAGAGAUGGUGGUAAACCCAAGGACCGUGAAAACUAUGCUAAGCUGGUGAAGGAACUGCGCGAGGAAUUCGAACGAGAAUCCGAAAAGACUGGGAAACCUCGUCUGCUACUGACGAUGGCAGUACCAGCUGGAAUCGAAUAUAUCCUGAAGGGCUUCGAUGUGAAGACUUUAAAUAGAUACUUGGACUGGAUGAACCUCCUAACCUAUGAUUAUCAUUCCGCAUUCGAGCCCGCCGUCAACCACCAUGCGCCGUUGUACCCUCUUGAAGAACCGAACGAGUACAGUGUAGAUAACGAACUCAAUAUUGAUUACACCAUUAAAUUUUAUCUCGAAAAUGGUGCGGAUGCUGACAAACUUGUGCUCGGAAUCCCAACAUAUGGACGUUCGUAUACGCUCUUCAAUGCUGAUGCAGUCGAGAUAGGCUCGCCUGCUGACGGGCCUGGGGAACAGGGAGACGCUACCAGGGAGAAGGGAUACUUGGCAUACUACGAGAUUUGUGAAGCACUCAAACCGAAAAACAAGAAACGUGCAAUAGCGUCUGAUGAAGAAUAUGAAGAAGAUUCGUCGUCAGAAGAAGAAGAAGAAGAAGAAGAAGAUUGGACCGUUAUGUAUCCAAACAAGAAUGCAAUGGGUCCCGUAGCUUACAAAGGCAACCAAUGGGUCGGCUACGAUGAUAUUGACAUUGUAAAGAAGAAAGCGGAAUACGUCGCUGAAAAUGGACUUGGAGGUAUAAUGUUUUGGUCGAUCGACAACGACGAUUUCCGAGGUACCUGCCACGGGAAACCCUACCCGCUGAUCGAGGCUGCCAAAGAGGCAUAUGUCUCAAAGCUCGGAUCGACAGACAGGCAGUUAACUGUAAAGGAGAAACCCAAACAAUCGAGAGCUGGUGGUCGCAGAAGAAACCGCCCGAAGUCCAGUUCUACAACCACUACCACAACUACCACUACUACUACACCAAAGCCAACCAAGAGCAAUAAACGUAAAAGCGCUAGUACUUCGAUAAGUACGACUCCAAGUUGGAACAUCAUCACCCCGGAACCACCCACCACUCCUGAUGCAGGCUCAGACUUCAAAUGUAAAGACGAAGGGUUCUUCCAACAUCCUCGGGAUUGCAAGAAGUACUUCUGGUGUCUUGACUCCGGACCAUCAGAUCUCGGCAUCGUGGCUCAUCAGUUUACUUGCCCAUCUGGCCUUUACUUCAACAAGGCGGCUGACUCAUGCGAUUUUGCCCGAAACGUUCUCUGCAAGAAACCAACCGCCACCACGAAGGCAAUCACCAAACCAACCACAGCAAAGACAACUGUAUCUACAACAACGACUACAACAACCACAACUACCACAAGACGACCCAUUCGGUUGACGUCCAGGAGUUCUUUGCUGUUCAGGACCUCAUCGACUACAACUACAACACCCGAACCUGAGUUAAGCGAGGAAGACGAAGAGGAAGAAGAAGUUGGUACUGAUGAAGCAGCCGACAUAGAAGCUGAAGAUCCAAAAGUCAUCAAAGAAUUGAUCGAUCUCAUCAAGAAAGUUGGUGGAGUUGAGCAGUUGGAGAAGCAACUCAAAUUGUCAGAGACGCCGGGCGCCACUGUCACCGUGCCGCCGUCCGCCAUCAACACCAAACUUUACCAGCGUGUUCUCGAGAGGACCAGGGGCAGGAACAAGUACGGCGACAACAGCAUCACGGAAAACCCCGUUCAGAACAGUCGUCGCGGUCCACAAAACGCCGGAAUCGAACCGUCAUCUGAUACAAACAAAUUGCUCAGAAAGGAAAGGCCACAAUACGUUACGAUUAACCGUUCGAGACCUACGAUCUCGUCGACGACACCAUUAUCAGGAGAAAGCGAGGAAGAGGAAGAAGAGGAGUCAGAAGAAGUUCCACAAAUUUCCAGAACGAGAGUCCAACAAAGGACGGAUUAUGAUACCCCAGUCGGAACAACGGCCAAACCACUUCAAUAUGUAAAUAUUCGAAGAUCGAGACCAACCACUGCAGCGACAGAGGCACCUGAUGACUCUAGAAAUGCUUUGUUCGAACGAGUUGAGCCAUACGUGGCCGUUGCUGAGUCACCCAAUUCACUGGACAUAGCUAGCUCGCGUCGCGAAAAUACUCCCGAAUAUGUUACUAUACGUAGAACACGGCCAACCGCAGAAACUACUACUCUCAAGCAUCAAGAAUCAGAAGAGGAGGAAGAAUCCCAAGAGACAGCAUUAGAAAGAGAAAUUAGUUCGCAAUCGGUACAACCGCAAUACACUUCUGUUGUCAGAACAAGAUCAACCACUCUUCUUCCUCUUGAAGAACCGAGUAGUCCUGAACCGACCACAAUCCUAUCUGUUCAAAUAUCAUCCUUAUUAAACGAACCGAGUUCUGAAGAGGUAGAAAAUCCACCUGAAACUUCGUCUACUAUUACUCAAACAACGGAGUUACCUGAACCGGAAACAAUAACUACUUCGACAACGACUAUAACAACCACACCCACGACAACGACUAGUACCACAACACCAUCUCCAUCUACUUUAUCAACAAGAGUUCCUUUGUUGAGACGCCGAGGAUCUACUACACCCACCACAACAGCAGUCCCCAUAUCUACAACUCAGGCAGUCAAAGAACGACGACCGUUCCUGCGUCGUACAAAAGCGACGGCACCACCCGACGUCACCGAAACGGAUGGCUCUACCACCGUAGAAACAACCACCAACAAGUUCACCAGAGGCAACAACAGGUUCAAGUUACGAAAAACGGAAAAAACGACCGAGAAACCGCGGGAAAACAGCGAAACGAAAAGCAAGCUGCCAUCUUCGAGCAAACCGCAGACGCGUAAUGACAGACCCCGUAACUUCGUACGGCGACGGCUUGGAGGGGCGAACUCAACGUCCCCCAAACCUUCCACCACAACGCUGACACCGGUAGCGCUAUCACGCCGGCCGUUCCGAGUUGCGAGUCGCCGCCGCCCUAUUUCUUCGACCACUUCCACCACUACUACACCUAGAACUACCACCGCGUUCAUAGAGAGCGAGGAGUCAUUACAGGAUAUUGGAGAUAUAGACGCAAUAGAGGAUCCGUCGCUUAAAUCCAACUCAUUACCAAGAACAACAACCAGCGCGCAACGAAGACGUCCUCUAAUUCAACUGAAGAGUGACCAAGACCAGAGCCCGUCAGCAACAAAUGAAGAUGAGAAAAAGCGACAAAGUAAGAAAUACAGUUCUAGUUUCAAGCAAAAUCAGUUGGACGAAAUCCUUAAAUUGAGGGGUAGCGCAGAAGAUAUAGACAUCACUACUGAAGGCAGAACCACACUCGAAGAUAUAAGCGCUGAAACAGCUGUGGCAUUAGCCGCUCACCAACUCUUAGCAGCACCGAUACCAAUUAUACCGGAUUAUGACGACGAACCUAAUCCAACAAGGAAAACACCUCAGACAAUAGUAGACUAUAAAUUCACUAGUCCAGAGUACACUGAAGACUUUACGAAAGGUCAGACUUAUUUACCAGAAUACUCACGAACACCAGCUUAUACUUCAAAACAAAGGACCAUCGAAACAUCUACCAACAGUUAUACCUCUCAUCUAACUGAACCUGAUACGCCUUCCUCAACUCGAUCAUCAUCUGACACCAGAUUACCCACCUAUACCACAACAGGAGCAUACACGAGCAGAAAUUCAAGGCCAAUAGAUUCGACGAAUAAAGCAAACCCAACCAUACCUGGUGUAACGCUCAGGAUAGGUUCAGAAGGCUCUGGCGAAUCGACAGCCAGAUACACGAAUAUCCAAAAUGAAAUAAAUCCCUCAAUUUACACAACUAACAAUUACGAAUCUAGAGUAUCAAAACCUGGGUUAACGACUAAUAUACUAAACCCAACGACCGCUGGAGUAUCAUUGAAUUUACGAGAAUCAACUUUGCAAUAUACUGCUUCCAAUCGCGACGUGUCACCGACUUACCCUACAGCUUUCACGAGCAAAGUAUCUAGACCCUCAGGCUUUUCCCCCAAUUUAGUAAAUAUAGAUGAAGUGGAAGAGGGCAAGUCGACAGUGAGGUAUCAGGGUUCGAAUUUGAGAGGUCCAUCUACUGCUAGAUACGAAGGAUCUAGCGAGAAGAUUCCGGUACCAGUUGUCUUUGGGUACUCGACUGGUGGCCAGGGCUUGCAAGAGCCUUCGUAUUUCACCAGGGAAUACCUUUUGGAGUCACCAGUGACAAAAGCUUAUGAUGAUGAAUACCAAUAUCUGUCACCUGUGACGACACCACAGACAUCUACUAGAAAACCACCAAGGAGGAAAACGAUAUUCCGAAGAAUUUCCACCACCCAGUCACCUACCUCCGUCCUUCCACAAACCACUCAAAAACCACGAAGAACUACCAGAAAACCUUUCGAGAAAAUAGCGAUACGAAAGAACCAGCUACAGAAGAAUACAGUGCAACAAGAAACAAUCCAAAAGGAACCUGUUCAGAAGAAAUUCGUUCAAAAAACGCCAGUUCAAAAGAAUCCCGUGCAAACAGUUCAGAAGCCAAAUAGACCUAGACCUAUUACAGAUUAUGAUUAUUACGAUGCUAGCCAAGAAGAAGUAGCCGAUAAAUACGAAGAAGGCACGAAAGUGAUCCUUCAUGCAAAAGGUAACAUCGAAUGUUUAGAUAUAGGUAAUUUCCCUCAUCCCUCUUCUUGUAAGAAAUUCAUAUCGUGUGCUCGAAUGGAGAGUGGUGCUAUUAUUGGAUGGGAGUACAUUUGCCCAAAGGGAUUAUCUUUUGAUCCUGUAGGGGGAAUAUGUAAUUGGUCUGCAGGCUUAGGAUGUUUCGAAAAAGAUACAUGAAAUUGAUUUAGACUAAUACGUCACUGUGAUGAACUAAAACAAUUUGAAAUAAAUGUUUUAUAUGCGCUCUUCAGUCCAAAAACACUCAAUAAAAGUAUUAAUUUGAGUGAACAAAAUAAGAAGAAUAUAACGUCACAGCGUAUUAGACAUAAUGUUCGAAUGUACUUAUGUAUAUAACUAUUUUUGUAAAUCAAUUUUUACAAAAUCCUAUACCUACUUAUAAGAAUCC